AUGUGUGUAUCUCGGCUGGUUUUGCUGCUUGGGCUGCUUCUAUGUGUGGGGGCUCAGCUGUCCAGCGGCCAGCACUGGUCCCACGGUUGGUACCCUGGAGGCAAGAGGGAACUGGACUCUUUCAGCACCUCAGAGAUUUCAGAGGAGAUUAAGCUGUGUGAGGCAGGAGAAUGCAGCUACUUGAGACCCCAGAGGAGGAGCGUUCUGAGAAAUAUCCUUUUGGAUGCCCUAGCCAGAGAGCUCCAGAAGAAGAAGUGA